CUAGACACAGACAGUGACACAGAACAUGCAGAAAUGCCAACAAGAGGGCCUCUGAACCUAGCUAUCACUAAUGCCGUAAAUCCCACAAAUGUGGAUAUGCCUUUACCCUCUGUACGACCACCCCCCAUCCCCUCCCAUUGUCAGAACAGGUCAGAACCAACUUACACGGACAUCAGCUGGAAUGUUCGUAAGGGGUCAGCUUCCAGGCCAUUCACCGUCCACCAGCUGUUAGGAAAUGGCUCGUUGAAUGCAACUCCCCCGGGAAGACAAUCUGUGAGCCCACUGUUGUUCAGUGAACCAGAUCUGACCCCCCAAUUUCUACCAACAUGUAAUGCAAAUGAUGCUAGAGAACAAGGGAGCACCUUCCUCUUCAGGCCAACUUUUAGGGUGGGACACGACACUGGCCCGAUAACCUGCACAGAGGCACAGCUGCAUGGCCUGUUGCUGCUGGAAAAUAUCAAGCAGCAGGUCAAUCAACUUGCCACAACUGUGAAUGUGGUGCUGGCAAGAUUAGGGACCAGGGAUGGCCAGCCAACAUAUGAAAUGCCUGACUUUCAGUUCCCUCUCGACAGCAUAGAAGAAGUGAGGCGAUUUGAGGAGUGGCUACAGAACCCUCAACAUGACUGCAAAAAACAGGCCCUGGUGACCUCCUUCUCCUCUGUUGGAGGGGUUGAUGUGAAGAGGGUGACAUGGAACAUCUCGGCAUCAAUGUGUUCCUGCUCUGUGGCUCGCAGGAUUAACUGGAAGGGUGUGAAUGAGAAAAUGGCCUUGAAGAAGAUGGCAUCCAAAGUCAUCUUAACCAGAGCAGUGCGCAAUUGUGCUACAACGGCACAGGCUACAGAUGAUGAAAUAUGCCAUCGGAUGGUUCUCCCUGGCCCAUGAUCGGUUUGGAGGCCGCCAGGAGAGGAUGGAGAAACAGCGGCAGGAACAGUAGCAGCAGCAGGAACAGGAAAGGAUGGAAAGACACCGGCCGCCGCCGUGGCAGCGACCAAACUCCACUGCCUGUUCGACGGCGGAAGCCGCAGUCCAACAGCAACUGCAACACUACCAGAAGUAACAACGAUUUAACCCCCCCUGCCCUCCAAAGACACGCACGUUUUUUUUUUUUUCGGUGUACAGCAUGUGGAGCUGUUUUUUUAUGUUUAUGUAGGCAACAAAAUAUAUUGGAAUUAAUCAAUUGCGUUUGUCAUGUUUCAUGAAGUUGUUCAUGUAAUAAAUUCAAACAUUUAUCUUGGCUUCUUUUGUUUCAUUUCCUGAUCCCAUUGUAGCCUACAUCCAGUGUAACU